UUAAAGUGUUUUGUGCUUAGUCUGGAACAAGUUUCCAUACAGUUUCAAUAAAGCUUCCACUCUAUCUUCUGUUUGAUUAUAUUCAGACGCAACGCUAAGGAAGAAAGUAAAUUUGUUGUCGCGUAGAAGCGAACAUUCUUCUGCUUUAGGAGCAAUCGUAGCAGUUGUCGGUAAUUGUAAUUGAUUGUUUUUAUUUUACAUUCGUGUAAAGUUCGGUGCAUUUUAAUUUUAUAAAAGGUGAAAAGUGUAAGCAGUGUUGUUUCAAAUAAAUUAGAAAGUUAAGUGGUACAAUUCGGUGGAGAAAAUUAUGUCUAUACAGAGAUUAAAUUGUAAUUUAUUGAUUUACGGAUUGCAUACGUGUGGUUGAAUAGUAAAAGUUGUAGUAAUUCAUUCAGAAUAAGUAAUAAAAAUAAUUCAUUCAGAAUAAAAGAUGUUUUUUACAAAUAGAAGAAAAAAAUAAAAUUAUGUGCUCUUCGUCGUUUAUGUCUAAUUGAGAUUAUUGCCUUUUUUGAACAUUGAAACGCUACAAAGGAUAAUAUCAUAAAAUUGAUCUUAUGCACUACGUAUUCAUAUCAAGAAUUAAAAAUGAACGGAUUUAGCACAGGUGAAGAAGAUUCUAGGGGAGCUACAGAUCAAAUUUGUUGUCUCGUUGAUGAAGGCGAACGAUGUUCUCGCCCAGCUGGCAAUGCUUCUUACAGCAAACGUAUACAAAAGACUGUAACACAACGACGUCUCAAACUUAAUUUGGAUCAAAUGGCACGUCACACAUAUAUUUGUGAUUAUCACAAACAAGUGAUACAAUGUGCAAGAUCUAAACAACAGCAACAACGUAGACGAAAAGACUCUGAAGAAGAUUCAGGUGAAACUGAUAAUGAUCUUCCUGAAGUGGAUUUAUUCCAAUUACAAGUUGGUACUUUAAGGCGCUAUAAACGACACUACAAAGUCUCUACUAGACCAGGCCUAAACAAAGCCCAAUUAGCUGAUACUCUUAUGAAACAUUUUAAGACUAUCCCUGUAAAUGAAAAAGAUGCCUUAAGUAUUUUCAUUUUUACAGUUAAAACCAAUGCAAAUAAAUUGGAUCAAAAGAAUGGUUUAAGUAAUGAUACAACGUAGCUAAGGAUGAAUAUUCAUGAUCAUUCAUCAUUGUAAUAUUAGUAAGAAGGAAAGCAUACAUGUGUGAGUUUUCACUUGUUAAUAAGUAUUUUAUAAGAGUUGUAUACACUGUGUAUAAAAUUGUCUUUGGAAAAAAAUAUUCGUUUUUCUUUUAUUUUUGUUACAUGACCUGUAUAUUUAAUUU